AUGGCCUCAACCGACUCCUCCUCAUCCGCCCCAAAAGUCGCCCUAGUAACCGGCGGCGCAAGCGGCAUGGGCUACGCCGUCGCCGCCGCCCUAUCCACCUCCAAAACCUACAACUGGUCCAUCCACAUCCUCGACCUGAAUCCCGACCGCGGCGCCAUAGCAGCCAAAGAACUAGGACCGAAAAUCACCUUCCACCCCGUAAACCAAACAUACCGGCAACACAAACGUCUCGAUUUCGUCUUCGCCAAUGCCGGGAUCCUGGACGCUGCGGAAUUCUACGAUCGCCACGACGACGAGAACAAUGCAAGCAGCGACGAACCACCCCCAGCCCCGAAAACGGGAGUAAUAGAUAUCGACCUCACCUCCGUGAUAACAACCACCCACCUAGCCCUCCACUACUUCCGCCUCACACCCCACUCCCCCUCAAUUCACCCCCCAAGCCCCCGAAGUCUAAUAAUAACAGCCUCCUGCGGCGGCUUCUACGCCUGCCCCCUGCAACCCUUAUACGGCGCCGCCAAACACGGCACCAUAGGCUGGACCCGCAACAUCGCCUCCCGCUUCUACCGCGACGACGGCAUCCGCGUCAACGCCAUCUGUCCCAGUGCCGUGAAGACGAAUCUGUUGCCUGAGGCGGCGUGGAGGACCUUUCCGGAGGAGUUCUUCACGCCUUUGGGGAAAGUGGUUGAGGUGGUGGAGAUGUUGCUCAUUGGUCAUGGGAGGGAUGAGGAGGGGACGGAGAGGGAGAGGUUGGUUGGGGAGACGGUGGAGAUUUCGGGGGGGAGACAUUAUUUUCGCGGGCAGCAGGGGUAUUGUGAUGAGGCGAUGGGGGCGAUGAUGGGGGCGACGGGGAAGGAUGAGUUUGCCAAGUAG